AUGUAAAAUGUUAAUAAAUAUCGUUUAAAUUGCAAAUUAUUAAUUGAAUCAAGGAAAUAAAAAGAACUCAGUCCGAAAAAAGUUAACAAUACAAUUGAAAAUAUCCUCAAUUAAUUUAAUUUUAUAGAGUCUAAUAAGACAGAAGAGCUGAUUUUAUAAUAAAAUCUAAAUAAAACAUAAUAAAUAAAAUUUAUGGAUUAAGAAAAACGAUCAAUAUAAAAUAGCAAUGUCACUAAAAAUAAUUAUUUUAAGGCAAAGCCUGAAAAAAUUCCAAAAAUGAUGAAUCCAUCUUCAAUAGACUAUCCUCCUCUAAUUAUCAACAUUAAGUAGUUAAAUGUGAAACAAAUACGUAAACCUGAUUAAUCAAACAGGAGGAGGAGAUUUAUUACAUCUUAAGAGAAAUACUUUGAAAAUGAAAAUACUAAUAAUUAUAUUAAAUUAAUUAGCUAGACAAGAUGUAUUUCAAAUACUAGAUAACACUAAAAUUAGAGAUUAUAAACCUUUUGUAGCUGGUCUCGAAAAAGUUCAGAUAAUAUUUCUUUGAAAAAACAUUUAUUUUGA